AUGGUGAACGGAGCCAAUGGACCGUUUUACGAGCGAACAAAGGCCAUGCCAAAGUGGCAGCCCUCCUGUUUCGUGUCGGGGGGUCGGGCAUUUACCCCCGCGGGGCUGGAGUGGUUACCAAACAACAACACCGCAAUAUUGUCAUCCAGAACAUGCCCCUCAAUAGGUUACAUGAUAUGUGGAGAACUACGAUACUAUGUGACUGAAGGAAGUGACGCUGAUGUCAUUGGGAAUCCCGUCACGGACAGUAAUUUGGAAGCUUCGUUGGGAAGUCUCUCUGAAGUCCAGUUCAACUUUGUCAGCCCAAAUAAUUCCCAAUCCCGAUUUUUCUCAAUAGACCACGAAUCGGGUGAAAUCAGCACCACAGAGAGUUUGGACAGAGAAGUUUUGUGCGUGGUUGGUGCAUGCCCAGUCAAUUUGGAUGUUGCAGUGCAGUCGGCUACCGCCGAGCUGGAACUCGUCCAAAUUCUGCGCGUGAGAAUUCACGUGCAUGAUGUAAACGACAACACACCAACGUUUCACAGCUCCACGGUUAAAGUGUCUAUCCCCGAAUCUACCCCGAUUGAAACAACAUUUCCAUUACCAGCAGCCACAGACUCAGACACCACGGAGAAUAACUCCCGAGUGACUUACGAGCUCUCUCCUGCAGGAGGGCAGGGGAAGUUUGGACUUAGUGUGGUGAUAAACUGGGAUGGAUCCACAGACAUUGGUAUUGUUGUAAAAGAUAAACUGGACCGAGAAGUGGUGGAUUUUUACCAGGUGAAAGUCAUUGCUAAGGACAGCGGUACUCCUUCGUUGACUGGAACCUUAUCUGUCAAUAUAACUGUAGCCGACAGCAAUGAUCAUAUUCCGGUAUUCUCCAAGCCUAUGUGGAACGUUACCGUUAAGGAAAAUGUUAAUUUUGGCACGGAAAUUUUACGAGUUACAGCAAACGAUCGCGAUGUGGGCGUCAACGGAAAGGUGACUUACAGAUUUAACGUAAGAUCUGCUUCAAAAAUUGCUUCUAUCUUUAGUGUGGACAAAACUACUGGGGCAAUAAAAGUCAUCGGACCAGUUGACUUUGAAAGUUCCGAUGUAUAUCACUUAAUAGUGGAAGCCACAGACACCGGAGUUCCACCCAAGUCCUCCCAGUCGCUUGUGACAAUUAAUGUGUUGGAUGUUAACGACAAUCCACCGGAUAUCACCUUUAACCUUCUGGCUGGCGGCGAUCAUGCUUUGGUGUCCGAAUUUGCUAAACCCGGAUCCUUUGUGGCCCAUGUAUCCGUCAAAGAUUUGGAUAGUGAGAACACUCAGCAGAUCGUUUGUCGUAUGGACAGCUCCGAGUUUAGUCUGCAAAGAAUGUCUGAGAAGGAAUACAAAAUUAUCCUCUUGUCCAGGCUUGAUCGAGAAACGAUAGAGGAGUACAACUUGAGCGUUAGCUGUGAUGAUAAUGGUGUCCCUUCUCUUCAGGCAGCAAAUACGCUGUUAGUCUCCGUGAAGGACGAAAACGACCAUUCUCCCGAGUUCCAGCGAGCCAAAUACUCCAUGUCUAUCGAGGAAAACUUCCCUUUGGGGAAAAGAAUAAUUCAAAUCUCGGCAUCUGACGCAGAUGUGGGAGAGAACGCCAAUAUUACGUACGGCCUGGUUAACCACAGAGAAGACGUGUUGUCAAUUGAUAGCUCCACCGGCAUAAUCGUCGCGAAAGACAGACUGGAUCGAGAAACAAACGCUACUAUAUCCGUGCAAAUUGUUGCUAUCGACAAUGGAGCACCAAAACUGACAUCAACGUCAUUGUUAGAACUGACGCUGAUUGACGUUAAUGACGUCCCUCCAGAAUUUAGCAAAAGUGUGUACCAGGUGCUCAUUACAGAAAACCAAUACGUUCACACAGACCUUAGGCCUCUAUUGGUAACUGACCCGGAUUCGGGACCUGGAGGUGAGUUCUAUUUUACUCUGUUAGAAUCCACUGCACCAUCCGGAGUAUUUAUGGUGUCCCAAACGGACGGAUCCAUCAAAACUGUGCAACGGUUCGACAGAGAAGAGAAGGACGAGUACAGACUGGUGGUCAUGGCAACCGACAGAGGUGAUACUCCUUUGAGCAGUUCAGCCACCGUUGUGAUCAAGAUCGGUGAUGUGAAUGACAAUGUACCAGUCAUACUUUACCCCACACGUGUGAACAAUUCUGUCUACGUCACAUCUUGGCGGGUUGAUACUUUUGUGGCAGCAGUGAGCGCUACUGACCGUGACGUCGAAGAAAACGGACGUCUGACGUAUACGAUCGAAGACGCGGAAGCUACUGACUUUCUGUAUAUUGAUGAGAGCAGCGGAAUCAUCAGACUAGCUUUGGAUUUGGAUGAAAGCCGCGCAGAUAGCUACGAAGUGACAGUAUUGGUCAAAGACAAUGGACAGCCCGUGAACUUGGCGAAGCAGAUUUUGAAUGUUAUAAUCACCUCAGUUAAUGGAACAGUUUUGACAGUAAAUGCCAGGUCGUCAAACAUGGCGAUCGUCAUCGCUGUCGUGGCUAUAACAGUUAUCGUGUCACUGGCAAUUCUUAUUGGGAUAUGUGUGGUUCGGAAACAAAGCGAAAGCAAGCGAAACCAACCUCCUGAGGUGGAAGAAAGAAAGAUCAUGCACCGUCGUGGAAGCUCAUCCACUGCCUCGAAGACUUCCCAGCAGUCUGAUUUGUCCACGGUGACGUGCCUGGAUGAAUUACGCAAGGAUGUCAGCUUCGCCAUCAGUGAAGACUCUCAGGGGCGAAACAACAUGGCGCCCUGCUACCUCUUCCGAUCACAACAACAACGACAUACGGUCACAGACCCAGCCCAAUUAGAGAUUCUGGACACGGCUUACCUUGACCAAAAUUAUGACCCACUAAGGCCUUCUGAUCGUAUCGAGGACGAGUUUAGACAGCUGUAUUUAGAGAACAAUAACAAGGUCAGACACAGUCAUAACUCCAGCGACACACUGACGAACAGUGACAGCGGGCGAGGCGGAAGUGAUGACGAUCUCAACGACAAAAUCAAGGUGUCCAACCAUCCUGGAACUCAGUGGAACACUUCCCAUGGAGAGGAUUACGUCAGGUUUAUACGCCCCUCGGAAGGAGUGUCCGAAAGUCAGCAAGAGAAGGCGCUGAAACUGUCCAGCUUUAGACAUCCGUCCCCGAGAAACAAAUACAAAGAAGAGAAUCACUACUACGACAUGACAGUCUUUCGAAAGAGUCUCCACAAGCGCGAGCAGCCAGGGAGCAAACAUACGGACGGACAAACGAACGUCCCCCAAGGCAGCAGACCUGUGUCACUGCACACGGGUUUACCGGAGAACCUUUUGUGUGAGGAGAACAGAUCUCAGUCUCAAAUGUCACUUCCGCCGUAUUAUAUGAAACCGUUCGGCGACAAAUCCAAGAUGGCGAAACAGAGCAGAAACUGGUCGAGGACAGAUUCUAGAAGUUAUUCAAUAGAACUUGAAGAUUUAGAUUCUUCCACGAAUAUAUAG